GGCUCCCGGGGCCGCCGCGGGGGGAAGGGCCGGGCGCAGGGCCGGGCGCGGAGAGGCCGCGGAGAGGCCGCCCAGAGGCCGCCCCGCCGCGGGGAGGAGCACCGCCCGCAACACUUAAGCGUCGAGGCCGGCGCUGCCCUGUAAGAUCUUUGGUAUCCAUGGGAGCAUCUGUGGGAGCAGUAACAAAACAGACCCUGUUCCCUCCUCUCAUGCCUGCAGGGCGACCUUUCCGUGUGUCGAAUGCCUCCCGAAGCAGCCGGAAAGGAAUUGUUGCAAGCAGCCUGCAAGAGCUCAUCAGCAAGACUUUAGAUGCCUUCCUUAUAUCUGCUGGAAUAAUUACUCUGGUUUUGGAGGAAGAUGGCACGGUUGUGGACACAGAAGAGUUCUUCAGGUCCCUGGAUGACAAUACGCACUUCAUGGUUCUAGAAAAAGGACAGAAAUGGACACAAACAAGAAAUGGAAUUGCCACUGUGAGACAAAAGAAGAAAAUGGGAGUAGCUAACAUCACGUUUGAUCUGUACAAGCUGAACCCUAAGGAUUUUAUUGGCUGCUUAAACAUCAAGGCGACCUUCUAUGAGAUCUACUCUGUCUCAUAUGACAUCAAAUGUAUGGGAGCAAAAAGCGUAUUGCGGAAGGUGCUUCAGCUAAUGUCCCAUGCAGCACAAAUAACUGGACAGUUUCUUCUCUAUACUGGAACAUACAUGUUGCAGUUGAUGGGUGAAUAUGACGAAGAUGGCACGUGUACAAGAUCAAGGCGCGAGUAGUGAACACAGCUGCACUUCUGAUAUCGGAUCCUUUUGCUUAAAGACAUUGUCUUGCCCAACUUUGAUUGUAAUGAUGUUAUAGUAGGGGGAUGUCCACUGAUGUGAACUAACAUUUUUCCCAUUUGGGAAUGCUUGUAGGCCUCAGUCAUAAAAUGUUUGGUGUUCACAUGCUCUUAACACAGCAAAAUGAUGGGUGCCUAAUGUCUGAGAAUUUGGGAAAAGGAGAGAAGGCAGGUUUUUGCACCAGCAGCUCAAAAUGGAGCAUAAGUAUACUUGAAACUUGCAUGCUUUGUAACCAGUGGAAUAUUUCUUGCACUGAUCAAAACAUAGUUUGGUUGGAUUUUUCAUGGCUGUCUACUUGCCUUCUGAACAGACUGGGCUGUAAGGGUGGGAUGGAGGAGGCUGUGGUUUUCUGGUUUUAAUUCUUAACAGUGCUGGUAUUAGUGUCCAACUGGCACUGAGGUACAAAAGGGUUAAGUGUACUUACUUACUCCUGCUAACAAUGGAACUACACAAUACAACUGAAUCCUGGUUCAGUGACUGACUGCUCUCAUGAAGUCUAAUUGAAGAAAGUGCAACUACUAAGCAGAAGCUUAAAAUUUAGCCUUACUUCCAUUAAAACAAGUGAAAACAUGUAAUUUUCACUCUUUACACUUUUCUUCAAAUCUAGAGAAAGUACAGGAUAGUGUAGCUCAUACCAGUUGAAGAACCUGAUGUAUUUCUUUAAUGGGUCUGAUGUCCAGUUCUGCCUGAGGUAUUGAAUAAUUUGGCCGUUUCAUGAAUACGGCUUAUAAGCAACCUGCUGAACCUUCCUUCAGGGGUUAAACCAUCACUUCCGUAGUUCUUGCUGUUCAGUUACAAGAUGACACUACAUCCCAAAUUGUACUUCAGGUACAUCUAAGAGAUGCUGGAUUUUGAUGCCCCUGUAUUUAGGGGGGAGCAAGCAGGACACUACCUAGUCUUUUGUAACAUAUGCUCUAGACUGGACAUUUGUGGUUUUUUAGACUCCCAAGAUGAGCUGUAUUAAAGGGCAAAGUUUUUAAUUCUUAGAUAGAAUUGUUCAGAAUGUUUUCUAUAGUUCAGUGAACUGCUAGUAUGACCAGCUUCCAGCAAGCUUUUCCUCAGCAGUGUAGAAAACUGGAAAAUGAGCAGUGUCAGGCAUCUUGUGUCAAAAUACAAACUCCCAUUGCUGAAGGGAAAAAGACCAACUUUGUAGGUGUGGCUUUUGAUGUUUUCGUUUGCUUGCUCAUGAAGAAUUUUAGUAAGUUGUUAUAGUUUUGCUUAAGACUGAAAGAUGUUAAGGUGGCAGCAGAUACAGGUAAAUGUGUCUGACCUGAUGGCAGGUGCCACCUAGGAAGAGAAGGUCUGAUGACAGAAUGAACAAUUGGGCCAGGGGAAGAAAGCAGUGGGAAUGGAAGGGAAAAGGACCAAUAUGGACCCCACAGUGCUUGCCAUGCCUCUGCUGAGACAGGAAUGCACUAUGUGCAUCAACUGCACUGAUUAGUUGGAGGAAAACCUAAUCUGCUAAAAGAGGAGCAGGUGGACUGUAAAGACCAAGCAUCAUGGUUGGUGGGAUCUAGUCUGACCUGUCAGCUGGGUCUGUUCACUUCAGAUGGCACUAUAUGUGGGAAUAUCACUCUUGCUUAUAUCUGUAAAUUUCACCAUCAUAUGCUUAUUUUUGCCUUCCCUUUAUGGCUGUGACUUAGCCAGCUGGAGCUGCAUCAUUCAAAUCACUGUUGUGAUGAUAAGCAGCCUAAAUCCAAGUGUUAAAGGAUCUGAUGGACUCAAGUUCACUAGGUCUCUGCCUGUCUCUUCAGUAAUGGUAUUCAAAUAAGUAGACAGCUAAGAAAAACCUUGUGGUUUUUUCUGUUUUCUGUCAUUUCCCAACUACUUCUGCAUGUUUGCUGGGGGAGGGCACACAACUGGGUGAGGGGAAAACUGGUUCUUUCCUAAUUUCUCCCAGGGAAGAAUGCCUGUAAUUUGCAGCACUGUCAGGUUUCCUUCAGAAGAAAACAAUAAACUAUUCUGUGAGUAAUGAAAGGGAGCUUAUGUUAAAAUGGAAGCUUUAUACUUCAUCUGUAUUGUUUUCACCCCUUGCCCCAAGUGAUUUUUGCCAUAACUGUUGGCCAAAGUCUUUCUACCCCUAUCAAUGAAUUGCAUUUAACUGGUGCAGUGCAAAAACUUUAUCAUUAAAUCUUUCAGCUUUUAAAGGCAACUUAUUCUAUUAAAACAAGUGCAUCUCCAGAAAGCAAAUUCUAUGUAAUGCUCCUAAGGAUACUUCUGUUCCUAAUGGUAGGAGCACCAAUAUUAAAAAAACAACAAACUCCACAGAAAAAUCCCCACAAAACCCCUAAUUUGCAGAGUUCAAUAUUGCAUUAAUUUGUAUGAAAUGCAUCUUCAACAUCUGUAAUAAAUACAGAAGCUUUUGCAAGUCUGAACUGUGCAGAUCUCAAAUUCCAGCCUUCUAUAGCCAGAGGCAAUUGUUACAUUCCAUAGUUUCCAAUGGCACUCUUAGAACCUAACCUUAUCUAAAAUGCUAACUCAGAGUGAAUUUGCAAUGUUUUUAAGCAGCUGCUUCUUUGGCAGCUUAACACUUAAAACUUGAGCUGCUGAAGGUCAUGUGAGCUGCAAAGUCUCCAUCUCAGAGCAUCUCCCUCCUCUAAUUCAAAAUGCAAACAGCUGAACAAAGUAACUCAGCUUUGAUAUUUUCUCAAAAUGGGAGAAGUGUCUGAAAUCGCUUCAUUGCUUCUGAAUCUGGGUUUUGCCACAGGCUUAGUAUUUGGGGGGGAUGAUAUUUGCUACUGUACCAACUUCUUUCCAGAGAUAAAGUUUUGGCUUUGGGCCAAACUGGAGAAGUCAUUCUCUGAGUUGGAACAGGUUUGAUAUUUUUUUUUUUUAUACAGACUGCUAAGGAGGCAUAGCUUUUACUUCAGCUGUACGUGGUACACAGCAAAGUACAACUUCAGUAUUAUCUAGCUUUCAGAAAAUUAUACACAAGUGGAGUAUAAUAUCUAGCAAGACACAGAACUAAAGCACAGGCUCUUUAACUGGAACUAUGUGGAAAAGAAGCUAGCUUUUCUACUUGACACUUUUAGCUUUAAUUUUUCUUUCCAGAAGCUCAGUUAAUCAGUACUUGUUACUGUUGCAGUCAAGGCUGGUAGCACUGAUGUGUUGAAUGUGUAAAACGUGUUUACUGCCUCCUUGCCUGCACCAGCCCUUUUUGCCUCUUGCUUUGCAUCACUUAGUAACAGUGCACUAAGUCAUACUGUAGUUACCAAAAAAGGAAUUUUCACUGAAGUACUCAAUCUUGUUGACUCAGGCACUGUUCAUGUUCUGCAGGCAAAGCAAAGUUGCUCUCUUAGUGACUAGAAUGAAGAAUUUGGUAGCUUGUGUGUGUGUGUAACUUAUCAUUACUUCAUUUCCUUCCUUUCAUAAACCCAUGAAGUUAUUGCUUUCUUGCACCUUCCUAUUCUUUCAGAAGAAAUAGGAUUACAUGCUCUUUUGUCCAGGGGAGAGGAAAAGGCAGGAUCUAAAUUCUUAAGACCAUUUGGAAUAUACUCUAGGAGACAUCCUGAAUCCCUUCCCUACAGAAGGGAAGGGUAAAGAAAGGAAAAUAGGACUUGGGGCUGGAAGUUUUCUCAGUACAGUGAGUAGAGAGGUAGGUAGGUGUUAACAGUUUAGGAAAUGUUGGUAAUUCUGAAUAUUAACUGUGAAAGAUAACUACAUAUCAUCAUUUGUAACUGACUGGAAUUAUAACUCUAAAUCAUUUCAGCAUGCUUCUUCCUGAGAUAGCACUUGAACUAAAGGCACAAGCUUCUUUAAAAACAAAAGAAAGUUUAAAAUCAUGGUACUUUUUUUUUUUUUUUUACUUGAUGCCUCAAGUUUUACUGGAGGUAUUAAUGUGAUUAACAUACCACUUCAGUUAUGUAUAAGUACCCUUGUGAAGUUUAGCAUUUAUCACUGCUUUCUUUACCUUACCUUGUCAUAUAUGCAGUUAAGAUAUUUAUAAACAUGAGCAUUGCUGUUUUGCUAAAGGAAAAGAUAGUGUUUCACCGCUUCACAACUUUCAAGCUCAGUAUGUUUAACUUGCUAUUAAAAUCGAGAUGGUUGAGAAUUAUGUGUCAGUGAUGGCAAUAUUUUCUGAUGUGUGGUGCCAAUUUUAAGAAAUAUUGUCCACGAAUAAAUAAAUUCAGGUGGUGGCUUUG